AUGAAGGAUGUACCUUGUGCAUCUGUUGUUGGGAGCUUGAUGUACGCUCAAAUGUGCACAAGGCCUGACAUUAGCUUUGCAGUUGGAAUGCUCAGAAGAUAUCAAAGUAAUCCAGGAAUGAUUCACUGGAAGGCUACAAAGAAAGUUCUAAGAUACUUACAAGGAAUGAAAGAUUACAAGCUUGUGUGUCGAAGAUACAAGAAAGUCCACAUUUGGCUAUGUAUACUUGCUAAUCGAGGAGCAAUUUCAUGGAAGAGUGUGAAGCAGUCAAUAAUUGCUGCAUCCACUAUGGAAGCUGAAUUUGUAGCUUGCUUUAAGGCAAUAGUUCAGGAAAAUUGGUUGCGGAAUUUUAUUUCAGGACUUGGAAUAGUAGACAGUAUCGCCAAGCCGCUGAAAAUUUAUUGUGAUAAUUCCGCAGUUGUCUUCUUCUCUAAGAAUGAUAAGUAUUCCAAGGGUGUUAAGCAUAUGGAAUUGAAAUACUUUGCUAUUAAAGAAGACGUACAAAAACAAAAUGUGUCAAUUGAACAUAUUAACACCGAUUGUAUGAUAGCAGAUCCUUUGACGAAAGGAUUGCCACCCAAAACAUUUAUUGGUCAUGUUGAAAAGAUGGGCAUUAUUGAAUAUUAA